CCACCAUGUCUGCAUUGCUAUCCGCCUGGAAUAUCGGGCGGACGCAAUUGCUCUUGCGAAAUCACCAAGACAUAUCUUCUCGAUGUCGCCGUUGGUUGUCAACGACGACCCUGCACCCGUCCAUAAGCGGCUUUGCAACACGCCUAUGCGAGAAGCAGCCUGUAUUCGCGGUUCCCCCGAGCAAGAUCAAGGUCCUGUCGCAGCCCAAGGACUUCUACGCCCUCCUACUGAACAUGAUCCAACACGCGGAGAGACGCGUUUUCCUCUCAUCUCUGUACAUUGGUUCGGAGGAAAAGGAACUUCUAGCCAGUCUGAAAGAUGCGCUGCACAAGAAACCUCUACUUCACGUUUACCUCCAGCUCGACCUCAAUAGGUCGACGCGCCCAGGAGCUUCAACUGCACAGCUCCUUCAACCUUUGCUAGAGCAGUACCCAGAAAGGGUCCACGUAUCGCUCUUCAGGAGUCCGCACCUUCGCGGAGUACUCGCUAAGGUGGUUCCCCCAAGGUUCAACGAAGGAUGGGGGACAUGGCACGCUAAGGUCUACGGCGCAGACGACGACGUGAUGAUUAGCGGAGCUAAUUUGAACAAGUCCUACUUCACCAACCGUCAAGACCGCUACAUCCACUUCUCCGCCCAGCCGCACGUCGCGGAGUACUGCUUCGACUUCCUCCAGACCGUCUCCUCCUUCUCCUUCAAGCUCCUGCCGCGCUCCUCUACUAUCCGCACCUCCGAGCACCCGCACUCGAUCGGCGACUCACUCCUCUGGCCGGACGCAUCCACGCACCCUCACCAUAUCCACCACAAAGCCCAGCUCGCAUUGACGACCCUUCAAGAGACAUAUCGUCACCGACCGGUCGCAAGCGACGACAGCACGCCGCAGGUCCUGAUCUUCCCUGUCAUUCAGGCGGGGCAGUUUGGCGUGCGCGAGGAGGAGAAUGCGCUAGCGCUACUAUUCAAGCAUCUGCAUACAUAUGGUGGCGAAUCAGGCCAGCGGCCGCUUGUCGACUUGACGAGCGGGUACUUUGGUCUGUAUAGGCCAUAUCAGGAGCUCAUUCUGGCUAGCAAGAACGUCGACGCCAGCAUUAUCGCUGCAAGUCCAAAAGCAAACGGAUUCUAUGGGUCGAGGGGUAUAUCGGGUCGGAUACCAGAGGGCUACACGCUCUUAGAGCAGCGGUUCAUGCGUGCUGUUCGUCAGGCUGGUCGGCAAGCGGACGUCCGGCUCCACGAAUGGCAUAGAGAAGGGUGGACAUACCACGCUAAAGGAAUCUGGGUAUCUCCCAGCCCUACCGAGCCACCGGUCCUCACCCUCUUCGGAUCCACAAACCUCAACUCCCGCUCGGCCCACAUCGACACGGAAUUGUCUUUUAUCAUGGUCAUUCCGUCUGACGGCGACGCGAGCGCGUCCCAGCGGCCAACAGAGUCGGCGCCAAAUAGGCAGCCCGAUGCGCUCAUGGACCUGCGGCGCCGCCUCGCAGAGGAGGUGCGCAACCUCCGUGCGCAUGCUGGCCCGUGGCAAGGCGACAAGCGACACGUUCGUAUCGGCACGAAGGCUAUUGUCGGCGUCGUCGGCGGCAUGUUGUAGCUUCCUUUGUGUAGCAUGCUGUAACUCCGUGCCGUCGCCUGGUCAUUCCACUUGCUCGUAUAGCACCCCCUCCAUCGCAAUCAUGGACAACCACCACUCAGAUUACGCCACUCCUCACCGUGUAGCAUAGGUAUACAUACUAGAAAUACAGGGCAGAUGAGAGUCCCGACACGUCGCGCUCUAUGCGUCCGAACGUCGACUAGACUGGAGUACCACGUCAGCUACUGAAGUAGCUCGUUGUCGAACAGCUCUGCGGAGACUUGCUGCUGCCACAUGCUCGCGUAGAGCCCGCCACGCCGCAAGAGUUCUUCGUGCGUGCCCUGCUCUACGACUUGGCCGUCCUUCAAGACGAUGAUGAGGUCUGGUGGGGGAUGAGCGUGGAGACUGGAAUGAAAGGAUAGAGGUACCAACCAGCCUCGACGACUGUCCGCAACCGAUGCGCGAUGAACACGCUCGUCCGCGU